GGAGCGCAAAGCACAAAGCACAAAGUUGUGUUGACAGACUAAAAAAUAAUUAAUUUUAGUUAAUAUGCGAAGUAACUUACGGAUUUCAUACUUUUAUUUAAAAGCAGUUUUGCACAAGGAUAUGUGUAUCAUUAUGCAAAUUGUGCAUCUUACGGAAUAGGGCGAUGUAAUAAGGUUAACUCCUUAGAUGCUACUAUCAGUGAGUAGAGGCCAUUAAAAAGCCAUUUGAAUCAUGUCUCUCCAAAAUUUGUAUUACAUUUAAUUAUAUGAUAACAAAUAAACUGGAAAAUAAUGACACUAAAAAUGGCCUUACCUUUGAUUUUGAUUGCGUAUCUGAACAGCGCCUAUGGCGUCCCGACGGACACAUAUAGAACAGACAAAGGGGUAAUAUGCUACCUAUGCCCUCCAGGAAAGUUCUUUGUACGGGACUGUUCACUGGACUAUGAUAGUGCUGUUUGCAGCCCAUGUCCGAAUGGACAUUACAUAGGAUUCAACAAUCAAGCCUAUAAAUGCCAACCGUGCUCGACAGUAUGUCCAAACACAAACUACGAAUCAUUCGAUGAUCAACCGGAAAUUAUCACGGCUAAUUGCACGAGUAUCUCGGAUAUUGUCUGCGAGUGUAAGCUUGAAUUCUGGCGCGAGAGUGGAUAUCGUGGCAUGUGUCGAAGAGCAAAGAAGUGCAAAGAAGGAUAUGGCGUUUCAGCACAAGCCACUGGUUAUUCUGACACCAUCUGCGAGGCAUGCGAAACAGGUCAAACAUUCUCCAACACAACGUCUGCAACUGAUGCGUGUCUGCCUUGUUCAAAAUGCUACGAUCAUACGUACAUCAGAAACGAUUGUAGGACGGACAGAGACACUGAAUGUAUUUUGCUAACAACAACAGAGUUUACAACGCGAAAAGACGCAAGCCGGGAGUUACAACAAGGUCUAGGACUAGGCGUUGGGAUUCCUGUGCUUGUGGCCUGUGGAUUGAUCCUCGUCUUCUGUUUUAUCAGAAGGAAACGAACUAAAAGACAACAAAACAUUCCUGCCAAAACUGUUCCUGAUGGUCAGCUUAGUUCUUCAAACAUCACACAUAUAGAAACAUUGCAUAUUCGACCAACUUCCAAUGUUGCAAGCAUUCAUACCUUCAACGGACAACAUGUUUGGAGUACAUCUACCUAUUUACCUGAUCUUAAUGAUUCGAUUUGGAGUGAGGGCUAUCCAACUUCUUUUGCCACUGGUCACUCUGACACUUUUUGCGAGCCUUGUAAAGCCGGGGAGACGUUUUCAAACACGACCUCGGCUUAUGACCCAUGUUGGCCUUGCACACAUUGUGAUGGUCAUAUGUCCGUCGGGCGUGCGUGUGAAGCGGACAGAGACACGGAGUGUAUCCCGCUUUCCACAACAGGCUAG